AUGCAAGAUAUCGAAAAUUCUUGUAAGGAAUUUGAAUCCAAAUUUAAUAUUUCUUAUGCUGAACUCUCAUUAACUGAGAUUGAGGCCUUUGAUAUGAAAUUCAACUCUAUAUCAUUAUAUAAUGAUACAUUAAGCCACUUAACACAAAAGCCAAGCACUAAAAUAGAAGAAUUAGAAACAAUCAAAGAAAAAUUAAAAACUGAGUUUGAUGAUAUAGUUGGUCACUAUCAAAAUGACAAAAAAUUUGAAUUUUUGUUAUACAAUAAUGAGACUAUUAAAAAUCUUAUUCAGCUUAUAUAG